GAGGUCCUUCAAAUCGGUUGUGCAUCGGUGCGUGAUUUGCAUCUAAUUGGCGUCACAUAUUAGUGCGCUGCCGGUAUCCGGUGUGACAAACAAUGAUUUCGACCACUCCGCCGCCACCACCGCCGCCACCAACUCCAGGGCACACCAGCUCCCUGGGGCCACUGACGCCUUCGAGUGGGGCCGCUUCACCAUCGCCAACGAGACACCAGAAUGGAACUUCGCCGGGGGGCGAUCAGUCGGAUUUUAACGACCAGCUGAUGGCCGCCAUCCGUAGCGGAAUCAACCUGAAACCGACGAAAACGAACGAUCGCAGCACACCGGGCUUCAUCCAACGAUCGAACGGUGUUUUGGAUGAAAAUGGCAAAGGAUCGUGCGAUUCUCCGGUGACCCCGGCCGACGACAAGGCGAUCGACGUGAUGAAGGAUGCCCUGCAGGCGGAACUGCGCAGCACGCUGAAGCGAAAGAUCAAACGCCAGGACAUGGAGGCGGGAGACGGGACGAAAAACGAAGAAAUCGAACGGGCGAUCGAAGCUACGCGCAGCGAAGUGCAGCUCAAAGUGAACGGCCCAUCGGUUUCGCCGGUCAACGAUACCCCGCGGGUGGAGAACCCACUGAAGACGAUUGUCGACGUGAUCGACCGGGAGCGUGGGGCGGUCUUCGCAAAUACGCAACCAAGUCCUGUGGCGGUAAAGAAAGUGAACGGUCCUGCAACGCGACCGGCAGCCAAUGGGAUCGCGUUACCCACGAAGGCUCCCCUUUCGAAUGGAAAGCCAACGGCAAUUACCAUUAGCCCUACGCCGUGGAAGAAAAGUGUUCCAGUGUCACCGGCGCCUGUUGCGGACAGUGUGAAGCCUCAGAGUGUAGCUUCUAGUUCGAUCAAAAUUGUACCUACCGUUUAUCCGAGCCGUCCUGAGGCUACCAACGGAACGGACAAAAGUAACGGCCUCUCGGUGAAAAGUCAGACAGCUCAGAGCAUGAACACUCCACCGAAGUCUCCAUUGGCUGUGGCCACUCAGACCACCACUAGUCCCAUAGUAGCUUCCCCGAAAGCUACUACUGUUCCCACGACAGUGACCAGCAGCACGGUUAUGUUCACGAAUGGUGUUCCAGCGGCAUCCAGCACACUCCCCAAAGCCAAUGGAACUGCCUCCCCGAAGGUGGUCCUUUCACCCAGAACGACACCGGCUGCUUCCCCGGGCCCGUUCAGCAAACCAGCGAAUGGCCAUGCGUACUCAAAUACCCUGCCACGGGUGAAAGACACAAGAACACAGGCCCGUAUCGGCGGUCCGUACGCAAAAACUGUGUCGCCUCCGUCCAAUCCUGCGGCCAAUCGAACGGUAAUCGUCUCGAUCGGUAGCUUUACCGAUAGUCCAAGGCCUUCGAACAACUUGGCGAAGCAAAUGGAACCACUGACCAUCGACACAACGUCGAACGGUACGGGUAGCUCAACCGGUGGCACGUCUUCACCGGCGACUCCGAAGGAGCUGCUGUCUCCGCAGGUGCGCAGUGGAACGGCUUCGAUAAGACCCUCCCAGAUCCGAACCCUGACCAAGGCGGGUAGCAGCGUGAGCCACACGGACAUACUGGAAACAUCGAAACCGAUCGCCAAGCUGCCGGUCUCGCUGCUUGAACCGGUUCCGGUUCUAACGGCAGCGGCAGCCGCGUCCCCUCCACCACCAGCAUCACCACGGGGCCCGAAACCGGCCUCACCAACGGUUGUGACGCCCCCUGCCAACGGACAACGCACCAACGUCUUCGAGAAGGCAACGAAGGACACGAAAAGUCCGCUCAACCGCUGGAAUGACGGGAGCGCGGCGUCGGGUACGGCACGCAAACUGCUGAUCUCGCACGGGCGGCCAAACUUUACGGUCAAGCGCACCAACUCGCGCCAAGGAUUCGACGCGGACGUCCCGGACAGCAAGACCGACGGCGCCGUCAAGCCCGUGUUUCGCAUUCUGACCGAUCUGGAGAAGUUCGAACAGGAACAGGAUCCGCCCCAGCAGCAGCAACCCCCGAACGGGCAGCAAUACGUGUCGUUCGCGAAGGACCUUUCGAAAGCACCGAACAACUAUCCGGAUGUGGUGAUCGUUACCAAGACGGUCCCCAACACGUCCCAGGCCCCAGUUGAUCCCUUUCUGGCAACACUGAAGGACAUCAAGAUCGACAUUGGCGAGAUGAAGGUGGUCAACGCGAAAGACUCUUGAAGAACUGAUUUUCGGCAUACUUUAGGGCGGGCAAAACGGUCCACCAAAGGACCGCUGGAAGCAAUACUAGGUGUAGACAGCUGUAGCUUAUAAAGUUCUGUUUUUUUUAUG